UGUUGCCCUUACAGAAGCCUUUCCGCCCGUUGUCAAACGUCACUUCCUGCUUCUGCUUCAUGCUUUCCUCCUUCUCCUUUUCGGCUCUUGGUAGGCUUCAAGGAAACCGAAGGGGAUGCUGUCGCUUUCCUUGGCUCCACUAUGUCUGAAAAACAGAAGGACUUGCUAGGCCUGGAUCGACUGGAAUACCUGCAAGCAUUGGUCACCGAGUUCCAAGUGUCAGAAAGUUCUGAAGCCAAGGAGCAAGUGCUGGCCAAUCUAGCUAACUUUGCUUAUGACCCCAAGAAUUAUGGAUACCUCCGGCAACUGAAGGUUCUGGACCUCUUCCUGGAUAUGCUCACUGAGGACAAUGAAACCCUUGUGGAAUUUGCACUUGGUGGCCUUUGCAACCUCUGCCUGGACAAAAUCAACAAAGACUAUAUCGUGGAGGCAGAUGGGGUCUCUGCUGUGGUCAACUGCCUCUCCAGUUCCAAUGAGGAAACUGUGCUGUCCGCUAUUACCACCCUGAUGUACUUGACUACCCCCCAGUCUCGCCAACAGAUCACCGCCCUCCCAGUGAUCGAGUGCAUGCUGCGGUUCUCAGUCUCGGCCAGCAAGAGGCUCCAAAACCUGGCAUCCGUCUUCCUUGAGGACUACUGCACCCCUCUUCAGGUGGAGAAGGCCAGGAACCUGACUGAACAUACAGCGCUAGGGAUCCCAUUACCUAAAGACUGAUGCAACCC